AUGGUCUCAGCUACACGGGGACCACCAAGCGGGGACCACCGAACGGGGACCACCAAACGGGGACUACCAAGCGGGGACCACCGAGCGGGGACCACCAAACGGGGACCACCGAGCGGGGACUACCGAGCGGGGACAACCGAACGGGGACCACCGAACGGGGACUACCGAGCGGGGACUACCAAGCGGGGACCACCGAACGGGGACUACCGAGCGGGGACUACCAGAACGGGGACUACCAAGCGGGGACUACCAGAACGGGGACUACAGAGCGGGGACUACCAGAACGGGGACCACCGAGCGGGGACCACCGAGCGGGGACCACCGAGCGGGGACCAACGAGCGGGGACCACCGAACGGGGACCACCGAGCUCGGACUACCGAGCGGGGACCACCGAACGGGGACCACCGAGCGGGGACUACCGAGCGGGGACCACCGAACGGGGACUACCGAGCGGGGACCACCGAGCGGGGACCACCGAGCGGGGACUACCAGAACGGGGACUACCGAGCGGGGACUACCAGAACGGGGACCACCGAGCGGGGACCACCAAGCGGGGACCACCGAGCGCGGACUACCAGAACGGGGACUACCGAGCGCGGACUACCAGAACGGGGACCACCGAGCGGGGAUUACCAGAACGGGGACCACCGAGCGGGGACCACCAAGCGGGGACCACCGAGCGCGGACUACCAGAACGGGGACUACCGAGCGCGGACUACCAGAACGGGGACCACCGAGCGGGGACCACCGAGCGGGGACCACCGAGCGGGGACCACCGAACGGGGACCACCAAGCGGGGACCACUGAACGGGGACCACCAAACGGGGACCACCAAGCAGGGACAACCGAAGGGGGACCACCAAACGGGGACCACCGAGCGGGGACUACCGAGCGGGGACUACCAGAACGGGGACUACCGAGCGGGGACUACCAGAACGGGGACCACCGAGCGGGGACCACCGAGCUGGGACCACCGACCAAACGGGGACCACCAAGCAGGGACCACCGAAGGGGGACUACCGAGCGGGGACUACCGAGCGGGGACCACCGAACGGGCACCACCGAGCGGGGACUACCGAGCGGGGACCACCGAACGGGGACUACCGAGCGGGGACCACCGAGCGGGGACUACCAGAACGGGGACUACCGAGCGGGGACUACUGAAAUGGGGACCACCGAGCGGGGACUUCCGAGCAGGGACCACCGAACGGGGACUACCGAGCGGGGACCACCGAGCGGGGACCACCGAACGGGGACUACCGAGCGGGGACUACCAGAACGGGGACUACCAAGCGGGGACUACCAGAACGGGGACCACUGAACGGGGACCACCAAACGGGGACCACCAAGCAGGGACCACCGAAGGGGGACCACCAAACGGGGACCACCGAGCGGGGACUACCGAGCGGGGACUACCAGAACGGGGACCACCCAGCGGGGACCACCGAGCGGGGACCACCGAACGGGGACCACCGAGCGGGGACCACCGAGCGGGCACCACCGAGCGGGGACUACCAGAACGGGGACCACCGAGCGGGGACCACCGAGCUGGGACCACCGAGUGGGGACCACCGAACGGGGACCACCAAGCGGGGACCACUGAACGGGGACAGCCAAACGGGGACCACCAAGCAGGGACCACCGAAGGGGGACUACCGAGCGGGGACUACCGAGCGGGGACCACCGAACGGGCACCACCGAGCGGGGACUACCGAGCGGGGACCACCGAACGGGGACUACCGAGCGGGGACCACCGAGCGGGGACUACCGAGCGGGGACCACCGAGCGGGGACCACCGAACGGGGACUACCGAGCGGGGACUACCAGAACGGGGACUACCAAGCGGGGACUACCGAGCGGGGACCACCGAGCGGGGACCACCGAACGGGGACUACCGAGCGGGGACUACCAGAACGGGGACUACCAAGCGGGGACUACCAGAACGGGGACCACUGAACGGGGACCACCAAACGGGGACCACCAAGCAGGGACCACCGAAGGGGGACCACCAAACGGGGACCACCGAGCGGGGACUACCGAGCGGGGACUACCAGAACGGGGACCACCCAGCGGGGACCACCGAGCGGGGACCACCGAACGGGGACCACCGAGCGGGGACCACCGAGCGGGCACCACCGAGCGGGGACUACCAGAACGGGGACCACCGAGCGGGGACCACCGAGCUGGGACCACCGAGUGGGGACCACCGAACGGGGACCACCAAGCGGGGACCACUGAACGGGGACCACCAAACUGGGACCACCAAGCAGGGACCACCGAAGGGGGACUACCGAGCUGGGACUACCAGAACGGGGACUAACAAGUGGGGACUACCAGAACGGGGACUACCGAGCGGGGAUUACCAGAACGGGGACCACCGAGCGGGGAUCACCGAGCGGGGACCACCGAGCGGGGACUACCAGAACGGGGACUACCGAGCGCGGACUACCAGAACGGGGACCACCGAGCGGGGACCCCCGAGCGGGGACCACCGAGCGGGGACCACCGAGCGGGGACCACCGAGCGGGGACCACCGAACGGGGACUACCGAGCGGGGACUAUCAGAACGGGGACUACCAAGCGGGGACUACCAGAACGGGGACUACCGAGCGGGGACUACCAGAACGGGGACCACCGAGCGGGGACCACCGAGCGGGGACCACCGAGCGGGGACUACCAGAACGGGGACCACCAAGCGGGGACCACCAAACAGGGACUACCAAGCGGGGACCACCGAGCGGGGACCACCGAGCGGGGACCACCGAGCGGGGACCACCGAGCGGGGACCACCAAACGGGGACUACCAAGCGGGGACCACCAAGGACCACCAAGCGGGGACCACCAAGCGGGGACCACCAAGCGGGGACAACCGAACGGGGACUACCAAGCGGGGACCACCAAGCGGGGGCCACCAAGCGGGGACCAACAAGCGUGGACCACCGAACGGGGACUACCAGAACGGGGACCACCAAGCGGGGACCACCAAGCGGGGACCACCGAACGGGGACUACCAAGCGGGGACCACCAAGCGGGGACCACCAAGCGGGGACAACCGAACGGGGACUACCAAGCGGGGACCACCAAGCGGGGGCCACCAAGCGGGGACCAACAAGCGUGGACCACCGAACGGGGACUACCAGAACGGGGACCACCAAGCGGGGACCACCAAGCGGGGACCACCGAACGGGGACUACCAAGCGGGGACCACCAAGCGGGGACCACCGAACGUGGACCACCAAGCGGGGACCACCAAGCGUGGACCACCAAGCGUGGACCACCGAACGGGGACUACCAGAACGGGGACCACCAAGCGGGGACCACCAAGCGGGGACCACCAAACGGGGACAACCGAGCGGGGACCACCAAGCGGGGACCACCGAGCGGGGACCACCGAGAGGGGACCACCGAGCGGGGACUACCGAGCGGGGACCACUGAACGGGGACCACCAAGCGGGGACCACCAAGCGGGGACCACCAAGCAGGGACCACCGAAGGGGGACCACCAAACGGGGACCACCGAGCGGGGACCACCAAGCGGGGACCACCGAGCGGGGACCACCAGAACGGGGACCACCAAGCAGGGACCACCAAGCAGGGACCACCGAAGGGGGACCACCAAACAGGGACCACCGAGCGGAGACCACCAAGCGGGGACCACCAAGCGGGGACCACCGAGCGGGGACCACCAGAACGGGGACCACCAAGCGGGGACCACCGUGCAGGGACCACCGAGCGGGGACCACCAAGCGGGGACCACUGAACGGGGACCACCAAACGGGAACCACCAAGCAGGGACCACCGAAGGGGGACCACCAAACGGGGACCACCGAGCGGGGACUACCGAGCGGGGACUAACAGAACGGGGACUACCGAGCGGGGACUACCAGAACAGGGACCACCGAGCGGGGACCACCGAGCGGGGACCACCGAACGGGGACCACCGAGCGGGGACCACCGAGGACCACCAAGCGGGGACCACUGAACGGGGACCACCAAACGGGGACCACCAAGCAGGGACCACCGAAGGGGGACCACCAAACGGGGACCACCGAGCGGGGACCACCAAGCGGGGACCACCAAACGGGGACUACCAAGCGGGGAUCACCGAACGGGGACCACCAAGCGGGGACCACCGAGUGGGGACCACCGAGCGGGGACCACCAAACGGGGACUACCAAGCGGGGACCACCAAGUGGGGACCACCAAGCGGGGACCACCGAACGGGGACUACCAAGCGGGGACCACCAAGCGGGGACCACCAAGCGGUGACCACCAAGCGGGGACCACCGAACGGGGACCACCAAGCGGGGACCACCAAGCGGGGGCCACCAAGCGGGGACCACCAAGCGUGGACCACCGAACGGGGACUACCAGAACGGGGACCACCAAGCGGGGACCACCAAACGGGGACUACCAAGCAGGGACCACCGAGCGGGGACCACCGAGCGGGGACCACCAAACGGGGACUACCAAGCGGGGACCACCAAGUGGGGACCACCAAGCGGGGACCACCGAACGGGGACUACCAAGCGGGGACCACCAAGCGGGGACCACCAAGCGGGGACCACCAAGCGUGGACCACCGAACGGGGACCACCAAGCGGGGACCACCAAGCGGGGGCCACCAAGCGGGGACCACCAAGCGUGGACCACCGCACGGGGACUACCAGAACGGGGACUACCAAGCGGGGACCACCAAGCAUGGACCACCGAACGGGGACUACCAGAACGGGGACCACCAAGCGGGGACCACCAAAACGGGGACAACCGAGCGGGGACCACCAAGCGGGGACCACCGAGCGGGGACCACCGAGAGGGGACCACCGAGAGGGGACCACCGAGCGGGGACUACCGAGCGGGGACCACCGAACGGGGACCACCAAGCGGGGACCACCAAGCGGGGACCACCAAGCAGGGACCACCAGAACGGGGACCACCAAGCGGGGACCACCGAGCAGGGACCACCGAGCGGGGACCACCAAGCGGGGACCACUGAACGGGGACCACCAAACGGGGACCACCAAGCAGGGACCACCGAAAGGGGACCACCAAACGGGGACCACCGAGCGGGGACUACCGAGCGGGGACCACCGAGCGGGGACCACCGAACGGGGACCACCGAGCGGGGACCACCGAGCGGGGACCACCGAGCGGGGACUACCAGAACGGGGACCACCGAGCGGGGACCACCGAGCUGGGACCACCGAGUGGGGACCACCGAACGGGGACCACCAAGCGGGGACCACUGAACGGGGACCACCAAACGGGGACCACCAAGCAGGGACCACCGAAGGGGGACCACCAAACGGGGACCACCGAGCGGGGACCACCAAGCGGGGACCACCAAACGGGGACUACCAAGCGGGGACCACCGAACGGGGACCACCAAGCGGGGACCACCGAGCGGGGACCACCGAGCGGGGACCACCAAGCGGGGACCACCGAGCGGGGACCAUCAGAACGGGGACCACCAAGCGGGGACCACCAAACGGGGACAACCGAGCGGGGACCACCAAGCGGGGACCACCGAGCGGGGACCACCGAGAGGGGACCACCAAGCAGGGACCACCGAAGGGGGAACACCGAAGGGGGACCACCAAACGGGGACCACCAAGCAGGGACCAACGAAUGGAGACCACCAAACAGGGACUACUUUUGGCUGAAAUUACACAAACAUUUUACAGUGGAAGUCCCUAA